GCCACGUUGGCCAGCGCGUCAGGCCUUCCACGCACUUUUACCUAUUUCUCUCUCCACUCCACUUACUUCCCAAUCAGCAGCAUGGUUCCUCCAGAACAAGACCGCCUUGUCUAUAACAUUAGGCUCUCAUCCGUCGGCCCAGGCCGCGUGACCGGUACGGAUGUGGUUCAUGAGCUUAGCGGCCUUGACUUAGCCAUGAAGCUUCACUACCUCAAAGGGGUCUACUUCUUUAGCAGCCAGGUAGUGGAAGGGCUAACCAUCGCACGCAUGAAGGAAAUCAUGUUUUUUUCGCUCAACGACUAUUAUAUCACCUCCGGCCGGAUCAAGAGAAGCGAGUCAGGCCGACCCUAUAUAAAGUGUAACGAUUGUGGGGUGAGGUUCGUGGAAGGAUUAUGUGAUAAGACAAUCGAUGAAUGGCUAGAGAUGGGAGAUGAUUCCCUUCACAACCUGCUCGUUUACCAUCGAGCCAUCGGCCCAGAAUUAUCAUUUUCUCCUUCAGUUUACUUACAGGUUACUUGGUUCAAAUGCGGAGGAAUUUCAGUGGGGAUGAGCUGGGCCCAUAUCCUUGGAGAUGCAUUUUCAGCCUCUGAUUUCAUCAAUAGUUGGGGCCAAUACAUGGCUGGGCUUAAGCUCAAUGGGCCACUCACCCUCUCAGAGUCAGUUGCCAAGAUUGAAAAACCUGAUGACCCAACCCAACUUGCCAAGGAACCACUUUCUGCAAAGCAGGUCAACCCUGUUGGAGACCUUUGGGUAACUGCCAAUAACUGCAAAAUGGAAACUUUUUCUUUCUUCUUGAGCAAACUACAGCUAUUAACCUUACAUGUAAAGAUAUGUGGUGAAGAUGGAGGUAAAAAAAUUUCGCCUUUCGAGUCCGUUUGCGCUGUUAUUUGGCAAUGCAUAGCCAGAGUUAAAGAAGCAUAUGAACCACAAAUUGUGACAGUUUGUAGAAAAGAUCCCUACCAUGACACUAAUGUUCCUAGCAACAGUCAAAUCAUAAGUGCAGUCAAGGCAAAUUUCUCUGUCACGGAAGCAGAUUUGAACAAGUUAGCAAUGUUGCUAGCUGAAGAUCAGGGCCUGGAUGAAAGAAACAAGAUUGAGGCUGCUGUAGAGAAAGAGAAUGGGGUGACAGAUUACAUCAUGUAUGGGACAAAUUUAACAUUUGUGAACCUGGAAGAUGUCGGUUUAUAUGAAUUGGAGUUAAAAGGACAUAAACCAAUGUUUGCAUAUUAUUCUAUCCAAGGUGUGGGAGACGAAGGAGCAGUUUUGUUUCUUCCAGGGCCCCCAAGUACUGAGAGUGAUGGCAAAGAAAGAUUGGUCACGAUAACUUUGCCAGAGGAUCAAUUACUGAAGCUAAAGUCUGAGCUAAAAAGGAGUGGUUUACUUCUUGCAACUGAACUUGAAUGAUUGCAGCACUUUGCAAUCGGCAUGUGUUCUUGCCUGCGCGUGGGAGUUUUUUUUUGUGUGGAACUACCUUGGCUAUUAGUAAUUAUUAGUACUUUUAUUGUACUGAUAAGAAACUGCAUAUGUUGCUGCACUAUUUCAGGCUUUCAGCCUGGUUGAUAACCAGCAGCAGUAGUUGGUUACAUAAUCAUUGACGUAGUAAUGUACUGAAGAUAACAUGAAAUUGUAAAAUAGAAAAAUAUAUUCAACUCUUGAUGAAUAGUUGAACUCUAAAUGCUACAAGCUUUUGGGAAAUUUUAUCA